AUCGAAACUUACGCCUCGGCCGUGAAAGCAGCGCUGAAAUGAAACCAGGCGAGGCUAACAGGCCGUCUAGAACUGUUUUGUCAUAUUUUAUUGCACUUUAAAAGCAUCUCUAAUUCAAGAUGGAUUCUGCAAACUACGUAGCUAAGCUGAACGAACAUGCACAGAAAGAGCGGCUGACGCUGAACUAUGAGGAAGUCGGAUCUGUUGGACCCGACAACAUUAAAACGUUUACUUUAAAAGCUGUUGUUAAUGGAAAGGCCUACCCUGAAGGUGUGGGGAAGAACAAGAAAGAAGCCAAACAGAGUGCUGCUAAAAAUGCCUUGGAACUCUUGUUGGCCGAACCUUCAGUUUCUAAAGGAAGUGUUGCAGAAGCUUCUCCAUCCCGGGUUCAGCUGAAAACUAAUUACAUGUGUUGGCUCAAUGAAUAUGGGCAAAGUAAUCGGGUUAUCAUAAGAACUGUUGAGACAACUACGCUCGGAUCCAACAAUUUAACUCAGUGUUGUAGGUUUAUUGUUGGACAUAAGGAGUAUCCAGCUGCUUUUGGGAAAACAAAGAAGGAAGCCAAGGAGGAAGCUGCAAGGCUGGUGCAUCAUGAGAUAAUGGGCAAUGAAACUUUAGAUACUGGAGAUGAUCGAGACAGCUUCACAUCAAGUCUGCAUAGUGAGGAAGUUGUCUCAAGCGUCAAGGAGGCCAAACCGAAUCCGCUAAAAGAUCAGUCAGACUUGGACAGCAAGGUAUCUGGGUCUGAUGACAGCGCACAAGCCAAGCAGUCCCCUCCAACAAGCAUACAGGUUUCUGGUCAAACAAAAUCAGGCCUCAUGGCACCCAGCGCAAGCGAAUCAAUUGUUUUUAGGGAUUCAUCUAACCCUCCUAAAAAUCAGGUGAAAAGUCCAAUUGGGAAGCCUAAAAUAAAAAUUGCAGCACAUUUUCGUAAUGUCUGUGAGCAGAGCAAAGAGGAUGUGGUAAAUUUCAAAAACAACGACAGGGGAAAACCUCAGGAUGUAAAAACACCAACCCAGUCAGUUUCAAGUUUCAACAGGUUUACAACGGACUAUGACAACAUACAGCGACUCGAUAAAGGAUCCUUUGGUCGUGUUUUCAAGGCGAGACAUAAACUGGAGGGAAAAUAUUACGCUGUAAAGGUCGUACGUUACAGAGAAAAAACUCUGGAAGAGGUGAAGGUGUUGUCGGACCUGAAUCACUGUAACAUUGUUCGAUACCACUCCUGUUGGCUGGAGGACACAGCCUACCAGUGGGACACUUCUACUGACAGCAGCAGUGCUUCACAGUCUUCCGCUGACUUGUCUGCAAAGUUCCUCUACAUUCAGAUGGAGUUAUGUGAGAUUAAAACACUGAGGGUUUGGAUAGAUGAGAAAAACAUCCAGAACUCCAAAAAAUCCCUGAGAGACUUCAAGAGAAGAGAAGAAAGUCUGACCAUUGCACUGCAAAUGGUCAGCGGAGUUGAGCACAUUCACUCCAAAAAGCUAAUCCACAGAGACCUGAAGCCCGCUAACAUCAUGUUCAGCCGGAACGCCACAGUGAAGAUCGGAGACUUUGGUCUCGUCACGUCUGAGAUUGAAGAUGAUGAAGACAACCAGAAAGAGAGAAGAGGGUACAAAGGGACUCCAUCUUACAUGGCUCCUGAGCAGAGGGGCAGGAUGCUUUAUGACCGAAAGGUGGACAUAUUUGCCUUGGGGUUGAUAGUUUUUGAACUCCUUUGGAACAUAUCUACUGUCCACGAGAAGAAUGAGAUUUGGGACGAUGUCAGAAACCAGAAGCUUCCUCAAGGAUUUCUUUAUAACUUUUCCCAAGAGGGCCACAUGAUUAUGUCAAUGCUGUGUGAUAAAGCAGAAGAACGACCGGAAGCAAGUAAAAUAAAAACAGAUUUAGAAGAGUACAAAAAAUCACUUGCAGAGCUGAAAACCAAGCAGCGUGACAGUAAAACUGCCGACGCUGGAGCAGAGAACAGACAGAGAGAACCAGGCAGCGGUUUACUGCCUAUGAUAGACCUCAUGGACACUGGAAACCCCAUUUCCAAUCUCAACACCUAUGCACAGAAAGGCCGUCUGAAGCUGUUUUAUGAGGACCUUGGCAGUAGGGGCCCCGACCAUAAUAAAGAAUUCACUCAGAGAGUUGUCCUAGAUGGCAAACCCUAUCCCGUUGGUGUGGGAAAGAGCAAGCAGGAUGCCAAGCUAAAUGCUGCCCAAAAUGCCCUGAAAUGUCUGCGUAAGGACCCGCAUGAGGACACGGCAGGAAAUUCAGCUGAAUCUUUGUCACCUGUUAGUAAUUCCAAUAUCAACUACAUAUGUUGGCUUAAUCAGUACGGUCAAAGAAACAGGGUGAAUGUAACACCAGUAGAGAGAGCACGACCUGGACACCUUAAUGCAACUCAAUGGUGUAAGUUUAGAGUUGGUGACAAGGAAUACCCAGAAGCCUCGGGAAAAACAAAGAGAGAAGCUAAGGAGGAAGCUGCUAAGUCGGUGUAUGACAUUAUAAAUGCUGAUCAUUCUACGGAGGUUGGAGAUUCUGCAGUUCAGCAAAAUCAGACGUUAAAUAAAAACUUAAAUGAUGUCAGUACAAAGACAGAAAGUCUGAGUAUAAACUCAGAAGACAACAGCUGUGUGGGGACAAACUUCAUUGGACUUAUCAACCACUACUGUCAGAAGACAAAACUCUGUCAUACAUACAUAGAAGAAGGAAGAAGGGGACCUCCUCAUAAUCCACAAUUUUUUUACAAAUUAACAAUUGACAAGAAGGAAUACCCUGUUGCUGAGGGUAAGAGCACCAAGGAAGCUAAACAGAAUGCAGCUAAGCUGGCGUGGUCUGCACUUCUUGAACAGUCGGAUUACGACAGCAAGGUGUCUGUUAGAUCCACGGUGUCUGAAGAUGGAGCAUCAUCAUCACAAUCAGCCACACGGGACUCAUGUGAGCCAUCACAGCAGAGGAUGGAAACAAGUACAAGUGACUUUGUAAUGUUUGCUGAUCCCUCAAAUCCCUCCAAUGCCCAGAUUACCAGACCUACUGGACCUGGAGAAAAUGCUUCAUCACAAGAGUCUGCUGAGGCAUCACGGAGCGAGGCAAAACUUGGAGGGAAGAAAGAAAAGAACUAUGUGGAAAACAACAAAAUUAGAAACAAGAACACCCCAUCAUCCCUGUCAAGAUUCACAUCAGAGUUUGAAAUCCUUAAAUAUCUUGGUGGGGGAGGUUUUGGUCGUGUCUUUAAGGUAAACGAAAACCUGUUGGGCAAGGAUUAUGCCAUGAAGAUCGUUCCUGGAACACAAAAAGCUUUGCGAGAAGUGAUGGUGUUAUCAGAUCUCCAACACGAAAACAUCGUUAGAUACUACCACUGUUGGAUCGAGGAUUCAGAAGUGCAACAAGAGAAACUCCAAAAGAAACUAAAAGAUAUCAAAUGUGGACAGUACCUCUUCAUUAAAAUGGAAUUAUGUGACUCUGCAACACUCCGACAAUGGAUUGAUGAGCUGAAUGAGAAGGAACUACAACACUCCCAGAGAGGAGCAGAAAGUCUUCCUAUUGUACAGCAAAUAGUCAAUGGAGUUGAAUACAUUCAUUCCAACAACCUCAUUCACAGAGACCUUAAGCCUACCAACAUAAUGUUUGGAAAAGAUGGGAAGGUGAAGAUUGGGGACUUUGGUCUCGUCACUAUUGACAAAAGUGAAAACCUGAUGGACAGAACAGAAGGACCAGGAACCAAAGCCUACAUGGCUCCUGAACAAACAAGUAACAGAUAUGAUCGUAGAGUGGACAUGUUUGCUUUGGGGCUGAUCUUCUUUGAACUCCUUUGGAAAAUCUCAACUGGCCACGAAAGAUCAAUGAUUUGGACAGACACAAGAAACAAGAAGUUUCCCAAAGAGUUUUCCAAGGCGUUUCCCCUCAAGUUCCCAAUAAUCAAAUCUUGCCUGUGCAAUAACCCAGAAGAUCGACCUGAAGCAAGCAAACUGAAGGCAGUGCUGGAAAGAAACCAACAACAACAUAUGCACCUGGAAAAGCACAGUGUCUGACUGACAAAAAAUGAGUUUGUUUGGGCUGUAGGAGGAGAUGCUGUAUUUUCACAUAAUCUGUAAGAAAUGUUGACAACAUGCUGCAUCUUGAAGAAGUUUUUACCUUAAGCAAAUAAUGAAAAAUCACAUCAGCUCAGACAAUUGAGAAAACAAAACCCAAUAUAUUAUGAUUUUAAAAUGUGUCUUACAAUAAUGACAAUUUAAAAUAAUCAUGCUUCUUCUACGUUUUAGGUUAUUUUAACAGAUGAGGUUCUUGUUCUUUUCUGAAAAUCUUUCAGCAUUUUAAAAUCUCUUGAUAAUAUAAAUUGUUUGUCUUGAUUGAACCAUGGUCAUGCUGGAGGAAAAAAACAAAGACAGGCUUGUUGGGUAAGGAGCCAGAAAGCAGGCUGCAUUUUUUAUCAAACUGUUAUCCCUCUGAAACUUGCUUAUGCCCUAAUUAAGUUCAGCAACAUAAUGCUCUUUGUUGUAUAUAAAGUGAAACGACCAUUCAGAGGUUGCUCUUGUUUUUAAACUUUGUACAAAAAUACAUUCAAUGAAAAAUGUGUAAUGCUUAUAUUUUUUAUUUCAGCUUUUAUUUUUCUUAAUACAAUUUAUUCUGUUUUAACGACAGACUUGACUUCAGUCAGAAUCACUUUUUAGUAUGCUGCCAUUUUGUACUUUUGCUGUUUUAGUUGAAAUUAAACCGUUCGGCAGACGCUUCAUACCUGCUUAUCACAAAAGUCUACAAACCCAACCAACCUGUGAUUCUGAUCCAAAGCUCAAAAUUGGCAAACUUCAAUGAAUUUAUUAUAAAUAACAAUCCUACAGCAAAAUAAAGAUUUUUUUUUAAAAGUUCAUAAAAAAAUUGUUUUCACUGCUGUCCUAUGUGGCUUGACAUUAAGUAAGCUUGGUGGUGCAGUGCUGGUGGUGUACGGGGUCAAGCGUGCGACUCUUAUACAGAGGCUUUAGUCCUCGACAAGUCUGUCCCAGGUUCAAAACCUGGCCCUGGCGACAUUUGCUGUGCAUGUCUUCUCCUCUGUCAGUGCCCCCAUUGCCUGUCUAGCUACUGUCAAGUACCAGAAAAAAUAAAGGCCACUUGUGCUGCAAAAAAUCUCAAAAAAAACAAAAAGCAAGCUUGUAGUAAUUUGUUGGGACUAUGAAUAUAAUAAAAAACAUCAACGACAUUACAGGUGUGAGAAACUACUUUAAUUCCUGUUAAAUCUGAUGCAUCGUCAUAUGUAACCCUAAUAUUAGGACCAACAACACUGUUUUCCAUUUAACUGCUGAUAUUUGUAUUACAAGUAAUACUGAUGGGGAAAGUCUGUUACUGUCUUAUGCUUUUGACAUAAAAUGUAAUAAAAGUCUAAAAACAAA